CCUCCUAAGCCAUGGCAUAUCAGUUGUACAGAAAUACCACUUUGGGGAACAGCCUUCAGGAGAGCCUAGAUGAGCUCACACAGGUCACCCCUCAACUUGCCCUUCAAGUUCUGCUUCAGUUUGGUAAGUCUAUAAGCUCAGCGCUGGCCCAGAGGGUCAGGAACAGAGUCAAUUUCAGGGGCUUUCUAAAUACAUGCAGAUUCUGCGAUAAUGCGUGGACUUUUGUAUUGAAUGAUGUGGAAUUCAGAGAAGUGACGGAACUUAUUAAGGUGGAUAAAGUGAAAACUGUAGCCUGUGAUGGUAAAAAUACGGGCUCCAACACCCCAGAAUGAAAGGAAGACGGCU